AUGGCACAGAUGGUUCGACGAUGCUAUGACGACAACCUGACUACUCCGAUGCUGCUGCAGUGGUAUAUAUGCUUCGACGACGGCUGCGACAAUGUAAAGGACACUACUCUAAGCAUUGCUAUAUCAAAGCAACCAUUUGGGAGGAGGGAUCCAAGCAACCGCGACUCCAUUAGCUUGCUAGCACAAAAUCCAACAAACACUAACAAUCAACGUCAAGAGGUUUGUCUCGCAGGGGCUGGUGUUCGCGAGAUUCCCGUUGGUUCCCGCGACCCCGCGCGCAGUAUCCCCUGGGCGGGCUCGUCCGCCAUGUUUCCGCCCAAAGGUCCCAAUCCCUACGGGCAGCAGCCACCAUACGGCGGGCAGCAAUCUUACGGCGGCCAAAUCAUGUGUGGCAGGUUCUCAUCUUUUAUGUGCGCAAAAACCUGCGCUCUUUUGCCCUACUUUUGCGUGCAGCCUGGUAGCAGUGGAUUUGGGGCCUCAGCUGCGGCAGGUGCCCGCGCCGGACAGGGUGCUGCUGGGCAGUAUGGAGGGCCUUACGCGUCGGUGUAUGGCACACAGCAGGUUGGGGGAGUUGGUGGCAAAGGUCCGGAUUCUUCUAGUCUUCCUAGCCUGCCACCUCAUACAUCUUCACUAUCUCAGUCAUCCAAGUUCUCAUCUGGAUCUGCAGGGUCUAACUUGGCAAGACCAAACGAUGACUAUAUGGCUGUGCGUGGAUAUGCACAGAAGCUAGACCAGUAUGGUACCGAUUACACAUCAGAGAGAAGAAUGUAUGGUGAACACUCAGCUAAUCUUGGCAGGAGGGAUGGCCUUACUGAUUUGGAUAGAAGAUAUCCUGAUCAUAUACCUGCAGCCCAUCAGAUUCAUGACCGUGUAGAGCAGGGUUCAACAAUGCGCCAUCAGCCACUUCUGAAAGCUCAGCUGGCGCCUGUGUCUGAUAUGAGACAAGCCGAUUACUUUGCAGGAAGGUCCGCUCCAAUCCAUCAAGAAUCUCAGGAAAUUGGUACAUAUGGAAGGGCUGAAGCUGACCAUCGCAACUUGUCCAUUCUUGGGAAUGUUCCAUAUGGAGGACAACAGACAUCAUCAUUGUUGGGUGGCGCCCCUAGGACAAACAUUGAUAGUCUUGGCUAUGGGCAAGGAUCAUCAAGCAGUGGUUAUGGGAUGAGUCUGCCCCCUGGUCGUGACUAUGCCUCGGGGAAAGGCCUUCUCCAUCCAUCUUCAGAUUCUGAUUACCGUGACAACAUCUUACCCCGUGCACGUCAAGGCAUCUCCAUGGUCGAUGAACGUGCAAUUGACCGGAUUGGUUAUCGUCGUGAGCUGGAUCUAAGAGAUGAGGAACGUCGAAGGGAUCUGCUACUUGAAAGGGAAAAGGAGCUUGAACGGGAACGGGAACGGGAGUUGCGGGACCUUCGAGACCGUGAAAGAGAAAGAGACCGUGAAAGAGAAAGAGAACGUGAAAGGGAAAGGGACCGUGAAAGAAUAAGGGAACGUGAAAGAGAAAGGGAGCGGGAGCGUCAAAGGGAACAUGAAAGAGAACGUCUUCGCGAGCGCCGCGAGAAGGAGAAGGAGCGGAACAAGAAGCAUGUAGCUGAUUCAAGGCGUGAGCGCACUCCACCUAGAACCCCUGGUGAUCGACGACGUUCUUCUUCUGUUAGGCAUCGUUCACCUAUUAAAGAAAUAAAGCGAGAAUAUUUGUGCAAGGUUUUGCCAUUUCGUUUGGUGGAUGAGGAGAGAGACUGUUUAUCUUUGACAAAAAGAUAUCCUAGGCUAUCAGUUAUUCCAGAUUUUUCUAAGAUUGUCUUGAACUGGGCUAAAGAAAGCCUAAAUCUUUCGCUGCAUACACCAGUGAGCCUGGAGCAUGCCAUCUGUGAAGAUGACGAUAAAGCUGAUGAAAGCGCACUGGUCUCUUCUGAGAAUACAUCAAGCACAAAGACCCCUGAAACGAUUUGGAAUGCAAAGGUACUUCUGAUGAGCGGUAUGAGCAAUGGCGCCUUUGCUGACAUAACGUCGAUGAGAAGUACUGAGGAACGAGUGGUGCACUUGAACAAUAUCUUAAAAUUUGCUGUAUUCAAGAAGGAUCGUUCACUUCUUGCUAUCGGAGGCCCUUGGAAUGCAGCACUUGAUGGUGGAGAUCCAGUGGUUGACUGUUCUUGCUUGAUUCGAACGGCUAUCAGAUAUGUGAAGGAACUGGUUCAAGUCGAUCUAUCUAAUUGUACCAGUUGGAAUCGUUUCCUCGAGGUCCAUUACAACAGAGUUGGCAAUGAUGGACUUUUUAGUCACAAAGAAAUUACUGUACUGUUUGUGCCAAACCUGUCGGAAUGCGUACCAUCUAUGGAUAUAUGGAGGGACAACUGGAUCGCAUACCGAAAAUCAAAGAUAGAAAGGGAGCAGCUGAUUAUGAAGAAGGAAAAGAGCCCAGGUGAUCCAAAGGAACAGAAACAAGUUUUAGAGGAGCCAAGCGAUGCUAAAAGUACGAAUGAUCAAUUGAAGGAGGGUGAUGGUGCUGCUAAGAUUGAGAAAAUUGAUGCUGAUAUGGAAAUGAAGGAGGGUGAUGGUGCUGCCAAGAUUGAGAAAAUUGAUGCUGAAAUGGAACUGAAGGAGGGUGAUGGUGCUGCCAAGAUUGAGAAAAUUGAUGCUGAUAUGGAAGAGCAGGGCAAAGAUGGAGAUGUCAAUCUUGCUGGUGAUGGUGGGAAGAAUCCUGACAAUGUUGGGGAGCAAGUUGAGAAGACGGUGGGGGUUGUUGAAGAAAACACUUCUGGUGAUGCUUCUGUUGACCAUGUCACUGAGGAUAAAAAGCCCAUGAAAAAGAAAAUAAUAAAAAAGGUUGUGAAAGUUGUUCGAAAAAAGCCAACUGCUGAAGCUCCAGUGGAUAAAUCACCUCAGGUUGACAAGAAUGCUGUGGCAGAAACUGCGAGCAAAACCGUCGAAAAGCACAUUGAACAGAAAAGUGAGGAUCUUGGGAAAGAGAAGGCGGGAGCUGGCAUCGUUCAACAGCCUGAGGCUAAGAAAACUGGGAAGAAGAAGGUCAUUCGCAGGAUUGUUAAAAGAAAAGUUCCUGCUUCAGCGACUGAGCCAACAGCCCUUGCUGCACCUGCUGAGACAGAUAAGGUUAACCAGCAGGAAGUUGUGGAACAGAAAGAUCCAAAAAUUGAUGAAACAGACGGGAAGAGUGUCAAGAAAACGGAUGACAACGAAACAAAGGAUAAAGACCAGAAGAUGGACUCAAAGAAAAAGUCGCCCAUUGACACCAAAGAAAAGAAGAAGUCUGAUGAACCUCCUAAACACCCAGGAUUCAUUCUCCAGGCCAAAAAGAGCAAAGAAUAUAAACUCCGGUCAACAUCCCUUUCAUUGGAUGGCCUCCUGGACUACACCGCCAAUGAUACAGAGGAGUCUGUAUUUGAGCUUUCUUUGUUUGCUGAGUCUUUCAGCGAAAUGCUUCAAUACAGAAUGGGUUGUGUGAUCCUGUCUUUUCUUGAGAAACUUUACAGGCAGUAUGUUGUGAGGAGGAAUCAACGUAAGCGCCAAAGAGAGGAAGAUCUAAAGAAGGAAGACACAAUAUCCUUGGAGAAGCGACUAAAGACAACUGAUGAAAAUGUAACUGGAAGUACCUCAGGUAACCCAGGUAAAAAUGAUGAAACAAUAAAAGAGGGUGGAGAAAAGAUAAUUGGUGAUAAUUCAUCAGCUUCCCAUGAGCAACUGGUAAAAGAGGAUGACGAGAAGAUGAGUACAGAUCAUGCUGCCCAGGAUGAAAUGAUGAAAGAGGGUGAGGAAAAGAUUGACGCAGAUCAGUCAGCAGCUGCCUGUGAUGAACCUAAAGCUGAUGAGAAAAUGGAGGAAGAAGAUCCUGAAUAUGAAGAAGAUCCCGAUGAAGUAGAAUAUGAAGGCGACGAGGACAUGGAUGAUGCCACUGCUGAAGAGCCGGCAGAAGCACAGAAUGAGGAUAACUCAAACGAAAGAGAAACCAAGCCAGAAGAGGUAACUGCAGAAGAUGAUGGAAAGAGGACAACGGAGAAUCUUAAGUUGGAAAAAGCAGAAGAGGACAAGCAGUCUGUAGCAGAGAAAGGAGAUUUGAAAGAAGUUGAAGAGAAAUCUGUUGGUAAGGAGGGAAAGAUAUCUGGUUCACAAAAAGGAGAUUCAGCGAAACAUGAUGUGGUUGAUAAGGACCUGUUGCAGGCUUUUAGGUACUUCGACCAAAACAGAGUUGGUUAUAUAAAGGUGGAUGAUUUAAGGUGCAUCCUUCACAACUUGGGGAAAUUUUUAUCCAACAGGGAUGUGAAGGACAUGGUUCAAAUUGCUCUUGCUGAGAGCAAUUCUGCAAGGGAUGGUCGCAUUAUCUAUACAAAGCUUGUCAAGAAAGCUGACCUCUGA